CUCUGACUGAGUGGAGACAUGGCACAGAGAUCUCUAAACCAGGAAACUAUAACUUGUUCCAUCUGUUUGGAUCUGCUGAAGGAUCCAGUGACUCUCCCCUGUGGACACAGCUACUGCAGGGACUGUAUCCAAACCAACUGGGACCAAGAGGAAAGGUACAGCUGUCCUCAAUGUAGACAGAGCUUUGUCCCCAGGCCUGUCCUGGUCAAGAGCACAGUGUUAGCCAAUAUAGUGGAGGAGCUGAAGAAGACAGGGCUUACAGCGCCCCCUGCUGACCACUGCUAUGCCGGACCUGGAGAUGUGAGUUGUGAUUUGUGCACUGGGAGGAAGCUGAAGGCUGUUAGCUCCUGUCUGCAGUGUCUGGUCUCUUACUGUGAGACUCACCUCCAGCCUCAUCGUGAUGUGGCAGUACUACAGAAACACCAGCUGGUGGCGCCCUCUGACAAACUCCAGGAAAAUCUCUGCUCUCAACACAACAAACUGAUGGAGUUAUUCUGCCACACAGAUCAGCAGAUCAUCUGUUACCUCUGUUCUGUGGACCAACACAAGGGCCAUGACACAGUGUCCUCUGCAGCAGAGAGGGCCCAGAGACAGGCACAGCUGGAGGCCAACAAGUCCCUGCUGCUCCAGAGUCUCCAGCACAAAGAGACAGACCUGAAGACGCUCCAACAGGACGCCCAGAACAUCAGCCGCUCUGCCCAGACAGCACUGCAACAAAGUGGGGACAUGUUCACUCAGAUGAUUCUUCUCCUGGAGGAAAGACGCUCUGAAGUGGAGCAGCAGAUCCAGUCUGAGCACGAGACCAAACUGAGUCAAGUCCAAGAGCUCCAAGACCAACUGCAGAGGGACAUCUGUGAUCUGAAGAAGACCAUCUCUGAGCUGGACACACUGUCCCUCACUCCAGAUCAUAACCAGUUUAUACUGCACUGUCCUCCACUGUCUACACUCACGAAGAGAACCAGUGUCCAGACCGGACCAAGGGGGGACUUUGAGGACAUUACCAGAGCUGUGUCAGUGCUGAGGGACAAACUGCAGAUCGCUCUGAGAGAGUUUAAACUGACUGAACCUGAGCCAUGCACCAGAGAGGACUUCAUCAGAUACUCACAGGACAUUACACUGGACCCAAACACAGCACACAAAUAUCUGUCUCUGUCUGAUGGAAACAGAAGAGUGACAGUUAUGAAUAAAGAGCAGAGUUAUCCUGAUCACCCUGAGGGGUUUGUUAAGUGGUGUCAGGUUAUGAGCAGAGAGAGUCUGACAGGCCGCUGUUACUGGGAGGUGGAGUGGAGUGGGGACUGGGGGGUUCGUAUAGCAGUGUCCUACAGGGACAUAAAGAGACAAGGGACCAGAGAGGAAUGUGGAUUUGGGAACAAUGAUAAAUCCUGGGCCCUGCACUGUGGGAAAAGCACAUACUCAUUUUGGUUCAAUAAUGUCGAGUCUGAGGUCUCAGGUCCAUUUUCGUCCAGAAUCGGGGUUUACCUGGACCACAGUGCAGGGGCUCUGUCCUUUUACAGUGUUAAUGGUCAGAGCAUGAACCUCCUCCACAGAGUCCACACCAACUUCACUCAGCCUCUGUUCACUGGAGUCUGGCUUGGUAACUUUGGAGACACUGCUCAUUUUAUUCAACUCAAAUAAAAUGUAUCUUGCUGUUCUGCUGAAGUUAGAGGAAUGUGAACAGUGGGAGAGUUUUUGGAGAUGAAUUAAGAAUAGAAAAAUAUGUUUAAUUGUUACUAUCAAACUCUGAGUCAUCCAUUUUUCUUAUGCAUUUGAUGAUCUACAAUUACCACUUACUGCUAACACAAUACUAUUACUAUUACUAUUACUAUUACUAUUACUAUUACUAUUACUAUUACUAAGUACUAUGACUACAUGAAUUGAAGAGCAGUAGCUACAGUACUUUGUUUUGUGUUUCUGUGUUUUGACCAGGUUCUUCUAAUUUGGCUCACCUGAUCAGAUUUUUGAAGUAUGGGGAGUCCGCAAAAAUAUAUAUUCUUUGUAUCAUUGUUUGAUUUUAUGAUUUUUUUUUUUUUUUUUGGGCGCAUAUCUAAAACCUGUUUAAUAUUAGUGAUUUGUUGUAUAGGCAGAUCAAAAUGUAAUAUUUUCAGUGUGUACAAAUAAAAAUAAAUAAAAUAAAAACACUCAAAUAAACUAUUAUCACUAUGGAGUCACUAUUUAAUGCAAACAUGACAGGACCAACAUUCUUGCCAGUAUUCCUUAAAAAAAAAAAAAAAAAAAAAAAAAAAAAAAAUCUG